AUGCUUCACAAAAUGUUCCUCACAUUUAUUGUCCCUGAAAUAGAGUAAGAAUAUAGAUUAAAUUAUUAACCAUAUAUGAUAAAUGAAUAUAAGACUUUAACAACCCUCAUUUUGGUAAAUAAAAUAACUAUUCCUAGUUUGUUGGAACAUUUAUUGUUUUAUCCUUCAUUAGUGAAUCAAAUUAUUAUUAUGCUUUGUAUGGUCUUAUUUGUGGCAUUCCUGUCAUGCUAUCAAGAUAUUUUGUUAGUAAAUAUCCUUAAUUUUCCAAUUUUGUUUACCCUUUCUUACAAAUUACUGUGACAAUUAUCUAUAACAUUUUCACAUUGAACUAAAACUAGGACGAUGUACCAUAAAUGUAUUACAAAUAUUAAUGGUAUUAUGGAUUCUUUGCAGCAAUUAGUCAUAUAUGUAUUUAUUGAUUCAUUAAAAUAGGCAUAUAUUUAUAAGGAACAAUAUUGUGUUUUUAGACAAUAACAAUGAUUGGUAUUUUGGCAUGGCAUAUAUCUAGAUUUGAUUUUUCAAGUCCAAAUGGAGCCUAUAUCACUGUUUAAAUAUUCAUUGUAUUUGUGGUAGUGUUUUUUUGUAGAAGGGAACAAGAAAGAAAUAAGAGAUUGAGUUUUUUAAAAUAUAGAGAAAAUAUGAAAUGGUUUUAAAUUAUGGAUAAAAUAGUUAAAAAAUGGACUAUGUUUGUUCAAUUCGAUAAAUCUUAAGAUUAAUUAUUUUUAGUACAGUAAUCUAAAGCUGCUUAAUCUGAAUUUAUGAUUUAAAAUAACUAAGAAUUUCGUUCAUUUUUAAGAAAUGUAAUAAUUCAUAUUUAAAAUAGACUUAAAUUGAAUAAACAAGUUCAUAGAAAACAUAAUCAGGUUAAAUUACUUUAGAAGACAUACUUCGAUAACUUUUGAGCACUAAGAUUUGCAAAUUUGAUACAAUGAAUAGUCUUAAAGAUUCUUUAUAUUAUACAUAUGUAGGAUAUUAAUAAAAAACAGGAAGAUAUUUAAAGGUGAAAUUAGUGGAAUACUAUUUAUCUGAUUCAAAAAUGAUUAUAAUGAUUCUCUAAAAUGAGAAAUAAAAAAAUAAGGAAAUUUGGAAAAAAUUUCUUGCCGUUGAAAGUUAUUUCAGAUCUUUAACAAAUAAAUCUCUAAGAUUUAUUGAAAAGACUACAACUGCAAUCUCUUUUAAAUAUUCUAAUCUUCAUAACUUAAUAGAUGAUUAUAAUUACUUUAAUGCAGCUUUUAUAUGGUUAAAUGCCAGUAAAUAUGUAGAAAAUAGAAAUUAAGUCAGUAUUAAUAAAGUGGAAGAUCAACUCAAGAAAAUAUUCAAAAAAUCAAUUUAAAUUAAUUUUAAACAAGAAUAAUGUUCUUUUCAAUCAUCUUUCCAAGUUGUUAUGUUUAUAUGUGUUAAUCUAAUUAAAUAUAUAUAAUCCUAAACAAAAUCAAAAGUCACAAUUAAAAUAUUUGAAUAAUAUUAAUAAUAAGUGAGAUUCUUUGAGUUUUAUUUUGAAGCAGAAGACUUUAAGAUUAAAUAAAAUUUAGUUCAUUUGCUUCAAGAGAAUAAAUAUUAUUAAAAAAAGAAAAUCUAAUUUGAUGAUUAAAAUUUUAAAAGAAUUAUGGAUUCGUAUAUUAACUUUUUAGAAAUUAUAGAUUCAAGCAAAUCAACUUGUUUGGUUUUAGCAAUUAUCAAAUUUCUUUUAUCUCAUUAUGGAUUAACAAAUAGAAUUGAACAUUUUUAAAAUUAAAUCAAAAUAAGUUUUAUAGAUCUAGAUUCAAUGACAGGUUGUUGA